GCUAAAGUAGAACUGCAUUUUGCUUUCAUCAGUAUCCAUAAACUAUGACCGACCAUCAAAACCCUAAACCCACCGACAACCUCCCUCAACCGCCGUCAAAAAAUCCACCUAAAAUCUCCGGCGGAUCCUCUAACGGCGGAUUUUCCGGUGGCCACAACUACCCAAACCCGCCGGACCGUUCAAAUCCGGACCCGGCAACACUGAGAGAGCAAUGGAGGUUCGCUAUUCGGCAGUACAGCAAAUGGUAUUCUCACGCUUGGGGUACUGCUAUAUUAGCUGGGCUAUCUUUUUAUGGGCUUGGUUGGAUUAUUAAAGGUUCCAAUCCUUUGCCCUCUUUCAAGCGCGAAGACUUGGAUACUAAAAAUGCUUCUUCAUCCGACAAUAUUGGUGAUGUUGUUGCUGAUGUUACGGAGGUUAAGCGAAGUUGAUGAUGACGAUAAAAUUUGUUUUUAGGUCUGUAGUAUCACUCUCCUUACUUGAUCAAAUAAGGUACCCAUGGACCACUGAAGUCUCUCUCUCCCCUCCUAUCCCCCUCCCCUCUGGAUUCUUAAACUUCUGUUUCUGCAAGCUCUAUAUAGAUGGAAGCGCAAUCGCCCCCAACUUGUGAUUUGUAAAUUCAGUGCACCACUUCCAGAAAAGAAACAAAACUGUGUUAGGAUGUGGUAUACCAGACCAAUAUCUGCUGGUCACCUGGUCUGAGAGUCCAGGCAAGUCCCAAGUGUGUUUCUUUUUCAACCUUCGUAUCCUGCAAAAUGUGUUCAACAAUGAACCAAGAAAAGCAAUAGUAUGCUGAGAUGUUUCCGUUAAGAAGAAGCUUUGAUGCGUAUUUCCUGUACAGCAGUCAUAUCAAUAACACUCUUAAUUUUGAGGAGUUGUCAGUUGACGUUUUGUUGUAGUAAUAAAGUUGCCUUCACCAUUUUCACAGCUGAAAUAUCAAUAAUGCCGAUGUACACUUA